UGGAAAUAAUCGAAAGAACACAUCCGGUGGAAAAUCCCACUAGCAACACAACAAACUGAAAUGACUGACGAAGUCAAAGCCCUUCCUGAGAAACAGCCACACGACCCUACCACUGAUGACGGUAGCGCUAGCAUUAUCCCAGAUUCUUUGAAAUGUCGAGCAGAUAAUUUUGGACUUGUAAUGUUUGAUGAACUAGCCUCUUUGUGGGAAAGAAAUCUGUUCUGUGACGUCGUGUUUGAAGUUAACUCGAAAAAAUACAAAUGCCAUCGCAUUGUUCUAGCCUCGAUUUCAGCCUAUUUGCAACGUAUUUUUCACCAGACACGAAGACAUGUCAUUCGAAUUCGAAAUAUCCAAAACGAAAUUUUUGAAAACGUUCUUAAAUUUGCAUACACCGGAAGUAUGGAAAUAAAAAAUUCAAACGUAUUUGAGAUGAUUUUUGUGUGCAGUUAUCUGGAGAUACCAUCAUUGGUUAACGUUUGUGCGUUGGUUGCUGUCGAUUUGAUUGACCCCCAAAACUGCUUUGAGGUCAUAAAAUUUGCACGUGAAUUACGUAUUCAGACGUUACACGAAAAAACAUUAGAAUUUAUACUCCUAUAUCAGGACAAGCUUUUUAAUGAAACUGAAAUCUGCAUGAACUCUCUGGAAUCAGUUUUAGAAUUUUUCAAUGAUAGAACUCAAUUAAUGACGAGAAAUGGACUUCCGGUUUCGAUGAGCACACGCGAGACUUACUUCAUGAAAUUUCUAAGCAACUAUGUGUCGUUGAAUAAUUUGUUUGAAGGGUUUGCAGAUUUGUUACAGUUUGUUCAUCUUCCCAUUCUUCCAGCCUCAAAGUGGAAACAUAUUCUAAAGUCACAUGACCAAAUUGUAGACAACGCACUGAUUCAGUAUUUUCUGGAACUCUCAGAUUUACAUCGUCAAGGAAAGCGCAUUGAAUGUAUGCCAGUAUUCUGGGACACUGUUCCACACGAAAAAUGGAACAUAGUUAUGGACAAACCAACAACACACCCGGUGACAGAAUCUCAGUUUCCAAAAGUUUGUGAUUUUAAUGACAAUCUGGUUACAGGACCGGAAGUUGCAGUGACGUCGAUGGAGCUUUACUUCCGUCCCUGGCUGUACACAGAAGACAAAGUAACUGACGUCUUGGGUGGUAUGAAAAUAUGUUUUGAAAAUGGUGUCGAAGUAAGUCAUGGAAUAAAACCGAAGUCUAAACCAACCAGACUGGAAAAGCACAUAAAGAAAUUCGAAAUUAAACUGACAGCAGGGGAGCUAAUCAGUGCCAUGGACUUGACCUUCGGCUGGUGUAUCAAUGGACUUACAUUUUACACCAACAAGGGCAGACAACUCGGGCCUUACGGAGGGAUAGGUGGAGAUGUGCACAAAUACAAGCCACAAACAAAUGGCCAGUUUGACCACUUCCAUUGUUUCAGUGGACGCGUGGUCACGACUUAUCAGAUGCUCGCCAUUACCCAUUUACAAAUCGGAUGGGCUUGUUACGACACAGACAACAAACAAGGAGUAGGAGGUUCUGAAAACCAUGAAACAGAGCAAACAGAUCUAAAAAUACAGUGACGAUUAUGAACACUUGGAGUCAGGGGAUUACAUGAUUCGUUUCGGUAGUUUUCACGGCGAAUAGCUGAAAAAUACUUGAUCACCAGGCAACAUUUCUGCUUCUCCGCAAACCAAUGAUAUUCAAUAUGACACCUGAUCUUUUCAUCCUUGAAGAAAUAGUUCGAAGACGGCAUUUCUGUGGUUGGCUACAAAGUCAGAAAGUAAAAUCUUACCGACACAACCCUUCUUCGAGAAAUGAAAAGUCGUUUCAUGGCCAUAAAUAUAGACUUAAAUACUUAGGAGUU